AUGCCCUCAAAUCCUGAAGAUAUCAUGAAGGGAUUCAAACUUAACUGGAUGAAUCUCCGUGAUGCUGACAGCGGCAAGAUUUUGUGGCAGUCAAGUGAUGAUUUGUCAGUGCCAGAAAAAGAACAUGAAGCUCGAGUUCCAAAGAAAAUUUUAAAAUGCAGAGCUGUGUCCAGGGAGAUCAACUUCUCAUCUAAAGAACCAAUGGACAAGUUCAGACUGGAACAGCGGGUCUUUUUUAAAGGAAAAUGUUUAGAAGAAUGGUUCUUUGAAUUUGGAUUUGUUAUUCCUGGCUCCACAAACACCUGGCAGUCAGUUAUUGAAGCAGCCCCAGAGAGCCAAAUGAUGCCUGCAAAUGUUCUCAAUGGCAACGUGGUUAUAGAGACACGUUUCUUUGAUGGAGAUACAGUGGUCAGUGUGUCCAAGGUUCGCAUCUUCUACAUCUGA